AUGGAUAGAAUGCCUUCAACUCGAAAUAAUACAUGCGCAUACAUACAUACACACGCACACGCAGACAGACGUGCACAAGAUCUAACACCAACACCAGUUCCAAUAUGGGAAUUUCGAGGCUAUGUCAAAUCCAGCGCUUCUCCACUUCACACAAGCGAUCCGUUUUAUCGUCAAGGUCAAGUUCGAAGGGUCGGCGUGGCCGCCAUCUGUAGGCUAGCCUCCAGCAUUCUGAAGAAAUUCGACCAGAAAAAUCUAGAAGAUAAGUUCACUGGAGUCAUGCUGGCGGCAAUGAAGGGACUCAACGAUGUGAUUCUGCUGCUAAUCCGGUUCGGUGGCAAAGUCAACCUGAAAGACGAGGUGAGUGAGUCAGACAUUUUUAAACUAUUACAUUUGAUUUCAGGUUGA